AUGGUAUUUCUGCCAGGAUUAACACCCGACAAAUAUCGGGCAUCUGUUUUGCGCAUAAGUAAUCCAGAUCCAAAUAUGAUGGAUCACCUGAGAGAUAUAAAAACAUAUUUCAUGGUAUCCGACUAUCGUUUUGCUUUGCCUGACGGCAAGGACCCAACGACAGGCAAUAGCCUUUUGGCCCUGGGCGAAAUAAUUAUUAUUGAUAUGCAAAAUUUUACAAUGAAACAUAUGACACGCGUUUCGAUCAGAGCCUUACGCGUUUCCAUAAACUAUUUGCAACGUGGCUAUCCGGUGCGAAUAAAGAGUAUUCACCUGAUCAAUUGUCCGCCGUAUAUGAAUAAAAUUAUUUCAUUUGUACGGCCGUUUUUGAGUAAGCAGAUUUUGGAGUUGCUACAUUUCCAUAAUGAAAAUUUGGAAUUGCUGUACAAUUAUGUACCCAAGGAAAUGUUGACCGAGGAAUAUGGCGGCCCAGCACGAAAAAUGAGCGAUCAUAAGGAUCAGCUUCUACAGUCGUUAAUAGAUACAAGAAAUUAUCUUAUGAAUCACGAUUACUGGAAGGUCUAA